AUCAAAUAUGGAACAGCUCCGUACGAACACCCUGACAGGGAAAUGUGGCGCAGAGCUUAUCUCCUUCGAAACUUGCGUCGAAUACGAUCUAAAAACGCCGUUUACCACCGCUUCUCCUCUCUGUUCUCGGUGAAGCGCACGUUAACGACCAUGGACAUUAUGCAUCAUUCUUCGGCUUUUCUUCUCCCCACGAUCCCUGAAAACCAGCGCCCUUCUCUAACCUACGCCCUCAUCGUUCUUAACCACGACCUCCCCAGAUUCACUCCUCUUCUAUGGAAGCACGCUCAGCUUCGCCUCUGUGCUGACGGUGGUGCCAAUCGUGUGUACGAUGAAAUUCCUCUGCUCUUCCCUCAGGAAGAUGCCUCCGAUGUUCGACGCAGAUACAAGCCGGAUAUAAUUAAAGGAGAUUUGGAUUCGAUACGAAAAGAAGUACACGACUUUUAUACCCGCCUUGGGACAAGGAUUGUUGAUAAAACUCAUGAUCAGGACUCUACUGAUCUACAUAAAUGCAUAGCAUGCAUCCUCGAUUUUGCUCCGGUUUCGGAUAAAUCUAAUCUCUGCAUUCUUGUUGCUGGAGCAAUUGGUGGAAGAUUUGACCAUGAGAUAGGAAACCUAAAUGCCAUAUGUCGUUUCUCGUCCCUCCGAAUAGUCCUUUUAUCCGACGAUAAUCUCAUUCAUCUCCUCCCGAGGACUCACCGUCACGAGAUACACAUUCAAGCUUCUGUCGAGGGUCCGCAUUGCGGACUAAUUCCAAUCGGGAUGCCAUCGAAAAGCAGUACAACAACAGGGCUUCGGUGGGAUCUGAAUAACACGGAGAUGAAAUUUGGGGGUCUAGUAAGCACAUCGAAUAUGGUUAAAGGAGAAACGGUGACGGUGCAAUCUGAUUGUGAUCUUUUGUGGACCAUUUGCCUUAAGUAGUAGUAGCGGCUGUUACGCUUUCUAUGAAUUGGAUGCGAAUUUCACUUUUGAUUUUGUAUGCAAUUUGCAAUGUAGAAGGGUUCAUUAAUGUUGUCGUCGUUAUUAUCGUUCUUGUUAUCGUUGUCAUUAUCGUUGUCGUCGGUGUCAGUGGGAUCAUUUUGGAUAAUGAGAACACAUUGAAAAUGUGGUAAUUGUUAUCCGAAAAUGAUUACAAAUUAAAGAUGAGUUGGAGAAAGAUUUAUUUUUCAG